UAAAAUCAACAUACCCAAUUGCAGUAGUAAAAUAUUUAAAUAUUCAAAUAAUCCAAGCCGUUGGAAUUACGAAUUCCUCUGCGACCAACUACAAUCUGGAAAUAAUCGAUAGCUGCGCGUGUGUGUCAAGAAGUGGAGAGCAGCAAAAAAGAAACAACUUUAUUUUCUGAUGCGUUGUGCAAACGCCAGGUUCAGUGAGUGUGCAAAUCGCGAAGAAAAAUAAUGUCGAAACGGCGAGCAACAAGCAGCAGCGAUGGCGCCAGCAACAAUGCGGAGCAAAAUGCAACCAACGCCAACAACACCAUCAUCAAUCUAGACGACAGCGACGAUGAGGACGACGAUGCGCAAUUUGUGGCCACUGUGCGUCCAAGCAUACCAACAAUCGAUCUUUGCGUGUCACCAUCCACCUCGGCAGCAGCGGCUGCGGCUGCUGCUGCUGGUGCUGGUGCUGGCGCUGCUGCAAAAUCGACUCCACCAGGUGAAUCACUCAAAACUGUCAACUCUGAUGCGGGCGCCGCAUUGGCUGCUUGUAGUGUAACAUCUGGCGCCGACGCAGCCGCUCCCACCGCCACCUUGGAGUGCCCCAUCUGUCUGCAAACCUGCAUUCAUCCCGCACGCCUGCCGUGCGGUCACAUCUUUUGCUUCUUAUGCGUCAAGGGUGUUGCCUACAAAAAUCGGCGCUGCGCCAUGUGCCGCCGUGAGAUUCCCGCCGAAUUUCUGGAUCAUCCGCAACUGGUAAAUGGCAUCGAUGAUAUUUGUGCCACACGCGCCACCGAGGAUGGCUAUCAAUGGUAUUACGAGGGUCGCAAUGGUUGGUGGCAAUACGACGAUCGCACCAGCCAGGACAUUGAGGAGGCCUUCAAGAAGGGCGACAAAUCCUGCAGCAUACUCGUCGCUGGCUAUGUCUACAUUGUGGAUCUGGAGCAGCUGGUGCAGCAGCGUCAAAACGAACCGUCGCGCUGUCGUCGCGUCAAGCGUGAUCUGGCUACCAUACCGAAAAAGGGCGUGGCUGGACUGCGCAUCGAGGGCAACCAGGUGACCAGCGACACGGUGUUCAGUCGUCCCAGCAAUCCAACGCCAACGGCCGCCGCCACGGUUGGCCCAGCCACAUUUAUAUCGACUAUUGCGGCCCGGGAUGCGGCCAUUCGUAUUGCCAGCGACAUAAUUGGCUCCACGCUGGCGCAUGCGGAUGAGCUGACCCGUGGCCUGGCCGCCAGCAACAUCAGUGACAGCGCCAAUGAUCUGAGCGGUGAGCAAACCUACUCCAAUCCACAAACAUCCAACACAACAGGUGCAGAACCGCAGACGCAGGGUACUAGUACGGGUAUGGGUGCUAUUGCUGCUGCCCGUUCGCUUGCCUCCUCGCACUCGAAUUCCAUACAGGAUCUCAUGCUCAGCGCCACUGAGGAUUUGCUGGACACCACACAACAGGUCAUUGAGACCAAUCAACAUACCAUAGAUCUCUUCGAGCAGGCCUUGAACGAUUUCCAGGCGCUCACCCUGUGCAACUUUGUCGACUCCAGUGAUGAAGAUGAGAAUGGCGACAAUGAUGAUCAUGAUCAUGAGCAUGAUGGUGGCGCGGUGGCUGAGCAAUUUGAGGCGAGCGAAUCACAUGAUGAACACAAUGUGGGCCAUUAGGUUUCCCAUUUCUAAUCCCAAUUCCGCAACAUAAUUAAUGUACCGUUUAGCUUAGGCUAAAUGUUCGAAACGCGAACGAAGUUCCUUUAGAAAUGUCAACAUUUCAGAAUGUUAACUAGAGAAAUGCGAAGGCGCGUACCUGAGAUCAUCAUUAUAGGGCUCUAUGCGUGAGCAAAAAUAAGGAGAAGAACGAAAGAGUGUAAGAGGAGGAGAGGCCUACAGGGUAACAACCUACACAUAGUGCAUAUACGAAAUUCCUUAUCAAUCUGAACCUGAGCAACUAUUAAUUGUACAUACCAUACUUGUUAGGCAAGAUGUGAUUCGGAAGCUGUAAUAUCAACGGGGUCUAUAAAGCCAAAGCUCCUAGAAAAUCCCCGAAAAUUAAAAGAACUAGUUCCCCAAACUGGCAAAAAAAAAAAA